UGUCACAAGUGUCAAGCGAAGCGUGCUACACGUGUUUUUGUUAUUACCAUUAAAAUACAACCUCCAUAAUGUAGGGCAGUAGGAAAACAUUUUCUGGAGAUCAGAAAAUGCUUGAAGGAUUCUUUGUAACUAACACUUAUGUAAUCGGCAUGGAAUGAAGGUUUGGCUGAUUACACUUUUUCAAUCGUCGUUUAAUAAUUCCGAACUAAUAGCAAAUAAUAACGAAUUGAAAGCGAGGAAGCAGGUGAGGAACCCAGAAGAUGUAACUUUGCAUGCUCAAAACAUGAACAUCCCAUUGAAUCAACAUUUUGCCCGGAGGAGAAGAGGCAAUUUGCCCAAAGAUUCUGUGAGAGUCUUGAAAUCGUGGUUAUAUUCCAACCGUUACCAUCCUUACCCAACGGAAACAGAAAAAGGAAAUCUUGCGAAAAAAACGAAUCUCGCAUCUGGGCAAGUUUGUAAUUGGUUUAUUAAUGCAAGACGGCGUGAAUUGGUUAAAAUUAUUAAGAAUGAGGGACGGGAUCCUGAAGAUUACAAAAUUUCGCGAAGAGGAAAAAAGCUUUCUGAAGACACCAUGCAAGGAAUUCAUGCUUGUAAUUCCGAAAAUUGUAUAAAGAUAACUGCCGAAAUGGAUCAUGACUAUGAAAAAGGUCCUAACAUAAAAAAUGCAAUAUUGAUGAAGCUUGAUGGUAAAGACGAGUUGAAUGAAUUCGAUAUACUAGUAAACACUGCUGUGAUGUUACGAGACAUGGAAAGGAAAGAUGAUUAGAAUACUACUUGAAAAGUAGCCGAUGCAAAUGCCUUAAAUAAACUGAUCGUAUGAAUAUGGGGUAAUUUACGGAAAAAAAAAUAUAUGGGACGGAGUUUUGUUGGCCAGAACGUGUAUAAGAACCCACAUACGGAUACGGCUACAGAGUCGUAUCGAGAGUUUGAACGAGGGAGCUGUGUAUAUAAAGAUACGUAGUAUAAGUAUAGUAGUGCCAAUAACGAUUUUUUAAUGAUUUUAAGUAGUGCUAACUAGACUAGAUGUAAAAUAAAACUUUAGAAGGAAACCAAAAUCAGAUUUCCAUCGGAACAUUGAUUUCUUAUUUGACAGUUUUUCAAAAACGAAAAUGUGCAUUAACAUUAAUAAUUAUUAUACAGGGUGUUUCAGAAAUAAGUACCUACAUUUUAGAUUACACUCGUAAUUCAGAGAAGUCAGUAAGCCACGGUUCUGUUAUAAUAACUUUUUCUUAAUAAACAGUUAAUAUAGAUCCACCGUACUUGUCUUACAAGUAAUCCAUUACAAAAUGUAGGAUAUUCCUAUAGAGCAUAAUAGUAAAGCGUAAAGCAUGAUAGUAAUUUCAAUGAAUAACAAAAAAAUAAUGUAAUUAAAUUCGGUAUAAUAUUGAGUACUAAUGUGCGCAUGCUGUGGUUAAAAUUAAAAUUAUCUAUCUGAUUAUGCAUCAUGGUCUAUCGAAUUUCAAUUUUAGAAUAUUUUAUUCAGAAACACCCUGUAUUUAAUAUAACAAUGAAUACUCAAGUAGUAAUUAAAGAGCAAUUUUUUGGCGAUCUUCUUGGUUAGGAAUAGAUUUAAUUUAAUUAUUACAAUUUUAAUUAAAAUUUUACUAAUACAGACAGGAUUUUAUCCAGUCUUUUAUUUUUGUAAGGGAAAUAAAUGUAUUUGAGGGUUCUAUGCAUCCGUUCCAAAUGCUCAUUUGUAUUCAAACCUGAACGUAACCGGUGACAAUUUUCUUUUAGAUAGUUCCAUAAGCCAUGUCGAAUUUAUUGACCAAAUAAACCCAUAUAAUUGUAUAAACAA